CGCGGGUUCCGGUCGGGCCGCCGGCGCCAUCUUGGAUGCGGGGCGGCGGAGGGGAGCGGCGGGAGGCGGGGACGGAGCCGGCGGCGGCGGCGGCAGCGGGGCCGGGGGCCCGCGGCGGAGCGGGGGCCCCCCCGGGGCACCCUCAAACCCCCCCCGACACCCUCAGACCCCCCCGCGCCCUUCCCGCGGGGCCCGGAGAUGCUGCGGGGCCCCUAUAGACCGCGGCGACCCCUAUAGAACCGGCGGCGCCUAUAGCCGCGCUUUAAAUCCCCUUUUUUCCCCCAUUUCCCCCCGCCCCGGACACCGCGUCCCCGAAAGCGGCGCUUCCGCGGAGCCGGGAGGGCUCUUCCGGGCCGCCCGGCGCCUAUAGGGGAGCCCCCGGGAGCCCAUAGGGGCCCCGCCGAGCCCCCGCCGGGCCCUAUGGACCCCGCGCGGGCUCCCCGGCCCCCCUCCGCCGCCGCCCACCCCCACGGGCCCCCCGGCUGCUGCCGGCGCCGCGCACCCGCCCUGGCCCCCGGGGGACCCUGCUGCGGCCCUUCGCCCCCCCCGGCCCCUAUAGGGCCUCCCCCUUUAUAGCCCCGCCCUCGCUCCUAUAGCUCCCCUAUAGAUUCGAAGCAGAUCGACCUGUUUGGGCGUUUUUAGCUCUUUAAAUCGCCGCGUCCGGGGGCUGAAAGCGAUUUUUUACCUCUAAAAGCGGCGCCGCAGGGAGCCGGAGGGCUAUAGGCGCUCGCUGGCCCCCCCCCCAGCCCCCCCGGGGACCCUAUAGGGCCCUGGGAGGCCCCCCCGGGGCUGGCGGUGGGGGGAGGCUGGAGCCCCCCCGGGGCCGGGCCCCCGCGUAGGGGGGGGGGGUCCGCGGGGGGGGCCGGGCUGCCGCCGCCCCCCAGAGCUGGAGCCGCCGGGGCCGAGGCGCCGCCGAGAGCCGGAGGCGAGCGGGGCGCCCGGACGCCGGGGCCCCCGGCGCCAUGCCCUCCAACGCCCGGGCCGGCAGCCUCAAGGACCCCGAGGUGGCCGAGCUCUUCUUCAAGGACGACCCCGAGAAGCUCUUCGGUGACCUGCGCGAGAUCGGCCAUGGCAGCUUCGGCGCCGUCUACUUCGCCCGCGACAUGCGCACCAACGAGGUGGUGGCCAUCAAGAAGAUGUCCUACAGCGGCAAGCAGUCCAACGAGAAGUGGCAGGACAUCAUCAAGGAGGUGAAGUUCCUGCAGCGGCUGCGGCACCCCAACACCAUCGAGUACAAGGGCUGCUACCUGCGGGAGCACACGGCCUGGCUGGCCAUGGAGUACUGCCUGGGCUCGGCCUCCGACCUGCUGGAGGUGCACAAGAAGCCGCUGCAGGAGGUGGAAAUCGCCGCCAUCACCCACGGGGCGCUGCAGGGCCUGGCCUACCUCCACUCCCACAACAUGAUCCACAGGGACGUCAAGGCCGGCAACAUCCUGCUGACGGAGCCGGGGCAGGUGAAACUGGGCGACUUCGGCUCGGCCUCCAUCGUGGCCCCGGCCAACUCCUUCGUGGGGACGCCGUACUGGAUGGCCCCCGAGGUGAUCCUGGCCAUGGACGAGGGGCAGUACGACGGCAAGGCGGACGUCUGGUCGCUGGGCAUCACCUGCAUCGAGCUGGCCGAGAGGAAGCCGCCGCUGUUCAACAUGAACGCGAUGAGUGCCUUAUACCACAUAGCGCAGAACGAGUCGCCCGUGCUGCAGGCCAGCCACUGGUCGGAAUAUUUCCGGAACUUCGUGGAUUCGUGCCUGCAGAAGAUCCCGCAGGACCGGCCCACCUCGGACGUGCUGCUCAAGCACCGCUUCCUGCUGCGCGAGCGGCCCCAGACGGUGGUGCUGGACCUCAUCCAGCGCACCAAGGACGCCGUGCGCGAGCUCGACAACCUGCAGUACCGCAAGAUGAAGAAGAUCCUCUUCCAGGAGGCCCAGAACGGCCCCGGCGCCGACCCCGGCGAGGAGGAGGAGGAGGUGGAGCCCUUCCUGCACCGCACGGGCACCGUGAACAGCAUGGAGAGCAGCCACUCGGUGCCCAGCAUGUCCAUCAGCGCCUCCAGCCAGAGCAGCAGCGUCAACAGCCUGGCCGACGCCUCCGAGGAGGACGAGGCCGCCGAGAUGGCCAUGAUGCAGGAGGGCGAGCACACCGUCACCUCCAACAGCUCCGUCAUCCACCGCCUGCCGGGCCACGACAACCUCUACGACGACCCGUACCAGCCCGAGGCGGAGGCGCCCGGCUCGGCGGCGGUGUCCGCCCGGCGCCGGGCCUACUGCCGCAACCGGGAGCACUUCGCCACCAUCCGCACGGCCUCGCUGGUGACGCGGCAGAUCCAGGAGCACGAGCAGGACUCGGCGCUGCGCGAGCAGAUGAGCGGCUACAAGCGCAUGCGGCGCCAGCACCAGAAGCAGCUCAUGGCCCUGGAGAACAAGCUCAAGGCCGAGCUGGACGAGCACCAGCUGCGCCUCGACAAGGAGCUGGAAGCCCACCGCAGCAGCUUCGGCGCCGAGGCCGAGAAGCUGGCCAAGAAGCACCAGGCCAUCUUCGAGAAGGAGGCCAAGGCGGCGCUGGCGGAGGAGAAGAAGUUCCAGCAGCACAUCCUGGGCCAGCAGAAGAAGGAGCUGGGCGGCCUGCUCGAGGCCCAGAAGCGCCAGUACAAGCUGCGCAAGGAGCAGCUCAAGGAGGAGCUGCAGGAGAACCCCAGCACGCCCAAGCGGGAGAAGCAGGAGUGGCUGCUGCGGCAGAAGGAGACGCUGCAGCAGCUGCAGGCCGAGGAGGAGGCCGCGCUGCUCUGCCGCCAGCGCCAGUACUUCGAGCUCCAGUGCCGCCAGUACAAGCGCAAGAUGCUGCUGGCCCGCCACAACCUCGACCAGGACCUGCUGCGCGAGGAGCUCAACAAGAAGCAGACGCAGAAGGACCUGGAGUGCGCCAUGCUGCUGCGGCAGCACGAGUCGACGCAGGAGCUGGAGGGGCGGCAGCUGGCCGCGGUGCAGCGGACCCGCGCCGACCUCACCCGCCUGCAGCACCACACCGAGCUCUGCAACCAGCGCGAGUACAACAAGCGCCGCGAGCAGGAGCUGCGCCAGAAACACGCCGCCGAGGUCCGCCAGCAGCCCAAGAGCCUCCGAUCCAAGGAGCUGCAGAUCAAGAAGCAGUUCCAGGACACGUGCAAGAUCCAGACGCGGCAGUACAAGGCCCUGCGCGCCCACCUCCUGGAGAGCACGGCCAAGAGCGAGCACAAGGCCCUCCUCAAGCGCCUCAAGGACGAGCAGACCCGCAAGCUGGCCGCCCUCGCCGAGCAGUACGACCACAGCAUCAACGAGAUGCUCUCCACCCAGGCCCUGCGGCUGGACGAGACGCAGGAGGCCGAGUACCAGGUGCUGCGGCUGCAGCUGCAGCAGGAGCUGGAGCUGCUCAACGCCUACCAGAGCAAGAUCAAGAUGCACACGGAGGCCCAGCACGAGCGCGAGGCCAAGGAGCUGGAGCAGCGCGUCUCCAUCCGCCGCGCCCUGCUCGAGCAGCGGAUCGAGGAGGAGAUGCUGGCGCUGCAGACGGAGCGCUCCGAGCGCAUCCGGGGGCUGCUGGAGCGGCAGGCGCGGGAGAUCGAGGCCUUCGACUCGGAGAGCAUGCGCCUGGGCUUCAGCAACAUGGCGCUGGGGGGGGUGCCCCCCGCCCCCCCCGGCCCCCCCUGGCCCUCCCGGCCCGUCCCCCGCAGCGGCGCCCACUGGAGCCACGGCCCCCCCAGCGCCCCCCACGCCUGGCGCCAGCCCCCGCUGCUGGCCCCGCCCCCCGCCGCCUGGCUCCACCCCCCGCCGCGCGGCCCCGCCCCCGCCGCCACCGCCCCCGCCCCCCCCGCCGCCGCCGCCGCCGGAGCGGGGGGGCCGCCUCGGAACAGCCCCCAGCCGCUGCGGCGCACGGCCUCGGGCGGGGCCGGCGACCCGGGGCUCAGCCGCUCCGCCAGCGUCGCCUCCCACAUCCUCAACGGCUCCCACUACUCCUACUCCUGAGGGGGGGGGGGCCGCCCCCCCGGACGCCUGGGCCCGCCCCCGAUAUGAGCAAGCCCCCCCCCCCCGC